CCUGCCCCCGCUACAGCAUCUCUCUGUGUUUGUAGCCAAAGUAGCUCAGUGAACGAUCCACCGCAGUGCCUGGGACAGACUGCGUGGAAGAGGGAGAGAAACGGGAUUUCGAGGAUGGGAAGGGGGACUUAAGGGUAAACACCCAGAAAAGGAAACAGAGGAGGGAAUAGAAGAAAGGAAAGAGAGGAGAAGAGCAAAGGACAAAAAAAAAGAACCAACACAGCCUCCCCUGGUGUGGGGUUUCUUGGCUUACUGACGUGUCUGCACGACUCUCGGUGGCACUAUGAGUUCAUGCAGCAGCCGUGCAUUGACCAUCCUGUCUACAGUGUUUGGAGCCUGCGGACUGCUGCUGGUGGGGGUGGCUGUGUCCACUGACUACUGGCUGAUAAUGGUGGAGGGAAUCAUCCUGCAGCAGAACCAGAGCAUGGAGGUGAAGAUGGCUCUGCACUCUGGCCUCUGGAGAGUUUGCUUUGUGGCUGGAUCAGAGAACGGGAGGUGUGUUGCGUCGGAGUACUUCACCGAGCCCGAAAUAGAGAUCACCACCGAAAACACUGCCAACAUCCUGAAGAUGGUGCGUACGGCCACACCCUUCCCCAUGGUGUCUCUGCUCUUCGUCUUCACGGCCUUCGUCAUCAGCAACAUCGGACAUAUCCGGCCUCAACGUACCAUCCUGGCCUUUGUGUCCGGCAUCUUCUUCAUUCUUUCAGGCCUCAGUCUGGUGGUGGGCCUGGUACUCUACAUCUCCAGUAUUAACGACGAGGUGAUGAACCGGCCCAGAGAGCCCGAGCAGUUCUUCAAUUACCACUACGGCUGGUCUUUCGCCUUCGCUGCCUCUUCCUUCUUACUCAAAGAGGGGGCCGGAGUUCUAUCAGUCUAUCUAUUCAUGAAGCGCUACGCUGAGGAAGAGAUGUACCGCCCCCACCCUGCGAUCUACCGCCCCCGCUUGUCCGAGGGCAGCGACUAUAGCGGCCAGUACCUCCACCCGGAGUCCUCCUGGCCUCCGCCAAAGAGAGGCCGCCGGACCUCGGAGGCCUCGAGUGACAUCUCUAUCCAGCUUAACCAGACUCCACCAGGACCACCAAAAUGUACCCUCCAAGUUGGUGGCCAGGGGAGCCCUCCUUCUGUGUCUUCUUCUGCAGGGAGCUACCAGAUGCAGCCACAGCCCUCUGGUUACCCGUCCACACACACCCUACCCAGGUCCCACUCCUCACACCCUCAGGGCCAGGCUCUUCCUAUGACCAUGCCGCCAUCACCUGUACCUCCCCCUCACUAUCACACACAUGUGCACAUGAGCGCCUCCCCCUGUUAGGAAAAGGGAGCAUCAGGACAGGAAUACGAGCCACUGACUCUUCAUUAUCAAAUAUACUGAACAUUUAGAUUUGGAUCAGAGUAAACGCUGAGCUUUGAUCGCGCAUCAAAUGAAGCAGAAAAAUGUAGCUUUGAGACAUUACAAAUCAAAGAAAGAGAAGGAGAGGUCUUUUUUAUGGAUUUCAGAUGACUUCAGAGAAACUGUGAGAGACGGAAAGAAUAAGGAAAAAAAACAAAGAAAAAUGCAGUUUAAAAAAAAGUCAUCUGGUGACGUUAGAAAGAGGCAAACUGUUCUCUAGAAAGACGUUAGAGGUUAAGCUGAUUGGCAGAGCAGGUAUAAGGGAGGGAGAGUGAAGCAGGGAGGCUGCGGUAUUAUACAAAGAUGCUGCAGUGCUGCAGGACUCUGUAUACACUUGGAAAUGUACAAUGCAAAACACUGAUCUGAAAAGACUGAGAAUGCACAUAGAUUUUUACAUGUAUAAGUCAUGCCAACAUGUGGACUACUUACGUUUUUACCAAUUGGUAAUGUAUGGUUAAAUAUAUGAUAUUCUUGUCUGAAUUUAUUACAUCAUCAGUUCGAUUUCAUAACCCAUAAUGUCAUGAUAGUGCCCUCUGUGUUAUUAAGUAUUAGUUAAUACGGCAUCUGUUAAACGAAUCUGCACAGAAUGAAUGUUGUUAGGCUUCUUAACAUACAGAGAUAACAUUAAGAAAUAUCAUGCAAACAACUUAUUGUUUUAUGUAUUUAAGAUACAGAUCUUUAGCUUCUUGUACAUAGCUGCACAUCAGGAUUUGGGUUGUGAAAUUGCAAAUUAAGCUUUUGCACAAGUCACAAUGAGAAAAUGUUUUUACUCGUUCAACUUUGGAUAUCAGAGAAGCAGAUGUAAUAACGUCCUCUGAUGCAGAGCAUGCUGAUUUGCUCCAGGGUUACAGGAAAAUAGUGCCAUCUGCUGGCCGCAGCCGUGAAGACACCCCUGGAUCAAAGGCGUUUGGAUCACAACUUUUCUUCCACUUUUUUUCUUCUUCUGGGCUGUACUGUGUGUAUUUACUUGAAGGAAGUGAUUGAAGGUUUUGUCAAUUUUAAAUUGUAAACCCAUAAAUAUCCAGAAUUAUUGGACACACAUUAAGGACUGUGCAACAAAGACUCAACAGAAAACCUGGUUGAUAAUGUCUUUAAAUCUAUGAACACAUUUGUAAAAGCCACAUGCCACAAGUAUUUGUUACAUUUGCAAAUGUAUCAUAACCCCACUGUUUUUCUCUCGCAGAUCUUAGUCCAGUUAUGCCAUGAAAUCAACAGUUUAUUUUCUUUAUUUUGCUUUAUUUUAAAAUACUAAAAAAAAAAAAAAAAACAUGCCAAAAAAUGAUUAGGCAUUUAUGCAGUUGUUAUACAUGGUUGGAUUUAAAUCAUGAGUAGGUAAAAUAAAUUGUUUCAAAACUAAAUAAACAAUUCUGCAAUGGCCACAAAUCUACUCUACAGAAAUUCUUCUCUUAAAAAUUUCACAACCAUUUUAAUAGUAAACCAAUUUCAUACAAAUAUUUUAAACUCAUCAAGUAGAUUAAAUAUCAAACCUUACUUGCUAAACAUUUUUACAGAACCAAACAUCAAUCCUAACAUCCAUCUCCCACUAUGCAUCUAAUUAUGAAAUUUUAUAAAAAACUAAAUAACGUUUUUCAAAGCAAUUGACGAGCUUUCCUAAUCACACAUGCACAAUGGUUUGCAGAGAUAUUUAUACACAUUUUGUCAUAUUACAACUAGAAACGUAUAUCUAUUUAUUGUUGUCUUACAUGAUAGACCAACACAAAGCAAGAAUGCAUUUUUCACAAAAUAAACAAAAAAAAAAAAAUCCAGAAGGUUUUGCAAGUAUUAUGUGUUCAUGAUGAUGUGCAGUGGUAGUUUUACACUACACAUAGAGCUUGGCAUGGACACUAUUUUUAUUUUUUUAUUGUCUCAUCUGAACAGAACAUUUUCUAUCAUAUGUGCAUUUAUCACCAACACGGCUUGUGGCAAACUGCAAACAUUUUUUUUUCUUCUGGCCACAGAUCCACAGAGACCAGACUUGUUGAGGGCAUGAAUAACACAUGGAGUCAAUUUAAUCACCCACCUGAACUUUAUAACCUAAACCUGCUUCUGAAUGUAGAUCCCCCUUUUAGGAAUUAAUUUUACAAAUAUAUGCUUUGUUUUGGUCUAUUAUAUAAGAUCCAACUAAAAUACAUUGAAUGUGGUAUGAAUACAUUUAAAAGGUAGUGUAGUAUGUUAUAUCCGAGCCCAAAUUUAGAAGAAUUGAUUUUAAUUGAUAUUUGAAGCGAUUGCAACUUACUUCUCAUAGAGGGAACAAAUUAAACGUGUUUCAUGAGUACCUCAGGUUAAGCUGUUCCACCUAAUUACUUUAUAAUAGCACAUGAGGCACCAACAGCCAGAUUUAAUUACUAAUAUUAAUGUUUUUUUGGUUUAUUACUGUUGGCCCAAGUCAUGUGAGGGAACAAGGAUGAAUAACACACAGAGAAUAAAAAUUCAGAAUCCCAAAAUGCCCUUUUUCGACCCAUCCUCAUGCACAGCUCCCAGGAAGGAGGAUUCUCACAGCUGGAAUUCCCGUGACCUCAUAGAGCUACAAAACUCUGGUGCACAGCAGCUCCCUUCCUCUUUGUCUGCAGCCAUCCAAAGGCUGUAUCGGUGAGGACAUAUGCAUGAACUCCUUGGUUUGCUGGCUGAGUAAAAGACUGCAUCUUUGAAGAAACCUUGAAUCCAAAAUAAGUACAGUCUGCUGUGUGUGCACCCAAUGACCCAAACCCAGACGAAAGUAAGACUAGCUGCCUAAACCUGGCUACUUGAGCACUUUCUGGGGGAAAAAAUCUGAAAUAAUUAUAGAUUUCCAUGGAAAGAGGGUGUCCUUAGUUUUGUCAACAAAGUGGUUUUCCCCACUACCUGAAGAAGAUGGCGCUAAGCCAGCUACCCUGCACCCUCCAAUGUGCGCCAGUCCGAGUGGACCCUUGCCCAAGCCGCCAUGUUUUCUCUGCUCAUCAGACCCCCCCACACAACUCA